AUGUCCUUUACUUGUGCACCGUUCAGAUAUUUAAGCGAGACAGUAAUUUCCUUUCAUGAUGAAGAUUGGCAGGGCAUAGUUGCACACUUGGGAUAUGAAGACAAGAUAGAGAUUUUUGUUACUUUUGGGAAUGGAUUGGUUGUCAAGAAGACAAUUGUCUUUCUAUUGUGUGAUGAAUCAAUUGACAUGGAAAUGGAGUCUUCUCCUCAGCCAAAGAAAAAGAAAAAUUCCUUCAAAAAAUUCGUUAAGAAAAUUGUAGUGUGUAAGAUUAUGGAAGAGUAG